UCCUCUUUCCUCGCUCAAGAUGGCGCUGCUCGCGACACAUUCUUGGCGUUGGGCAGCCGCGGCGGCCGCUUUCGAAAAACACAAACAUUCGGCUGUUCUGACCCGGCCUCUAGUCUCCAUCUGCGGCUCAGGCCCGCGAUGGAGGUCGCAGCAGAGCGGCGCGUCAGGAAGCGCUCGAAUCUACCAGAAUACAGAACCAUUAAGAAAUGCUACAUGGCAGAGAUUGGGAAAAGACAAUUCAAGACAGUUAUUAGAUGCUUCAAAGGCUCUCCAGGCAUGGCCACUGAUAGAAAAGAGAACAUGUUGGCAUGGGCACGCAGGAGGAGGACUCCACACAGACCCAAAAGAAGGGUUAAAAGAUGUUGAUACUAGGAAAAUUAUUAAAGCAAUGCUUUCUUAUGUGUGGCCCAAAGACAGGCCAGAUCUACGAGCCAGAGUUGCCAUCUCCCUGGGAUUUUUAGGUGGUGCAAAGGCCAUGAAUAUUGUGGUUCCUUUCAUGUUUAAAUAUGCUGUAGACAGCCUCAACCAGAUGUCGGGAAACAUGCUGAACCUGAGUGAUGCACCAAAUACAGUUGCAACCAUGGCAACAGCAGUUCUGAUUGGCUAUGGUGUAUCAAGAGCCGGAGCUGCCUUUUUCAAUGAAGUUCGAAAUGCCGUAUUUGGAAAAGUAGCCCAAAAUUCAAUCCGAAGAAUAGCCAAAAAUGUAUUUCUUCAUCUUCACAACUUGGAUCUGGGUUUCCAUUUGAGCAGACAGACAGGAGCUUUAUCUAAGGCUAUUGACAGAGGAACAAGGGGUAUUAGUUUUGUCCUCAGUGCUUUAGUGUUUAAUCUUCUCCCUAUCGUGUUUGAGAUGACGCUUGUCAGUAGUGUUCUGUAUUACAAAUGUGGUGCCCAGUUUGCAUUGGUAACCCUGGGAACACUUGGUGCAUAUACAGCAUUCACAGUUGCGGUUACACGGUGGAGAACUAAAUUUAGAAUUGAAAUGAACAAAGCAGAUAAUGACGCAGGUAACGCUGCUAUUGACUCACUGCUGAAUUAUGAAACUGUGAAGUAUUUUAAUAAUGAAAAAUAUGAAGCACAGAGAUAUGACAGAUUUUUGAAGACAUACGAGACUGCUUCAUUGAAAAGUACCUCUACUCUGGCUAUGCUGAACUUUGGCCAAAGUGCUAUUUUCAGUGUUGGAUUAACAGCUAUAAUGGUGCUUGCCAGUCACGGAAUUGUGGCAGGUGCCCUUACCGUCGGAGAUCUAGUAAUGGUGAAUGGACUGCUUUUUCAACUUUCAUUACCCCUUAACUUCCUGGGAACUGUAUAUAGAGAGACAAGACAAGCACUCAUAGAUAUGAACACUUUGUUUACCCUGCUCAAGGUCGACACACGGAUUAAAGACAAAGUGAUGGCGCCUCCCCUUCAAAUAACACCACAGACAGCCACAGUGGCCUUUGAUAAUGUGCAUUUUGAAUAUAUUGAAGGACAGAAAGUCCUUAGUGGAGUAUCUUUUGAAGUCCCUGCAGGAAAGAAAGUGGCCAUUGUAGGAGGUAGUGGGUCAGGAAAGAGCACAAUAGUGAGGCUGCUGUUUCGCUUCUAUGAACCUCAGGAGGGUAGCAUUUAUCUUGCUGGUCAAAAUAUACAAGAUGUGAGCCUGGAAAGUCUUCGGAGGGCAGUGGGAGUAGUACCUCAGGAUGCUGUCCUCUUCCAUAACACUAUCUACUACAACCUUUUAUAUGGAAACAUCAGUGCUUCACCAGAGGAAGUAUAUGCAGUAGCAAAAUUAGCUGGUCUUCAUGAUGCAAUUCUUCGAAUGCCACAUGGAUAUGACACACAAGUUGGGGAACGAGGACUCAAACUAUCAGGAGGAGAAAAACAGAGAGUAGCAAUUGCAAGAGCCAUUUUGAAGGACCCCCCAGUUAUUCUCUAUGAUGAAGCUACGUCAUCAUUAGACUCAAUAACUGAAGAGACUAUUCUUAGUGCCAUGAGGGAUGUGGUGAAGCACAGAACUUCUAUUUUCAUUGCACACAGAUUGUCAACAGUGGUUGAUGCAGAUGAAAUCAUUGUCCUGAGCCAGGGGAAGGUAGCUGAACGUGGUACCCACUAUGGUCUGCUUGCUAACUCUAGCAGUAUCUACUCAGAGAUGUGGCAUACACAGAGCAGUCGUGUACAGAACAAUGAUAACCUCGGAUGGGGUGCAAAGAAAGAAAGGAUCUCCAAAGAAGAGGAAAGGAAGAAGCUCCAAGAAGAAAUUGUUAACAGUGUGAAAGGCUGUGGCAAUUGUUCCUGCUAAGGCACACAAGACUAUUUUUGUCUUUUUUUGUUGUUGUUGUUGUCUUGUUUGGUUUUAGAGUACACAUUUGCACUGAAGCAAAACUUUUUCAUAAAAAUUCAAAUUAUACAUUCCCGUUCGUUUAAUCUUAUUAAAUAACAUAUUUGAAGGAGGGUUUGAUUUGUAUGUCUUUCACCAUCUUUUGAAUGUGACAUCUAUAAUUAUCCCCCAAGUUAUUUUAUUCCUGCCCCAGUUGUGUUCAGUGCAUGAUUUUUGUUACCAUUUGGAUUUGACCCUAUAGUCAUUUUUGAAGUCUGAUAUUCAUUUGCUAUCGAUAACCAGAUGAAAUAGAGUGAUUUCCAAAUUUAUGUAGUAUUUAAACCUCCUUUAUGCUGACAAGUUGUAGAGAGAGUGGCUUUUUUCUCUUCAAAUUAAACAGGAAUAAAAAAGAGAAGAGUGUAGUUUUUCUCUUCCUUCCUCCAUCCAAUUAUAGUUCUUUGUCAGUCUGAAAAUUAGUUUGCAAAUACAUUUAAUGUUGGUACUUAUCAAAAUGAACUGUACUUAUACUUUGGGCAUUUUCCUUUUGGACACCUAUAGUAAGAGUUAUUAUUAUGUCCUUUUGGGGGGAAAAACUCACAUUGGUAUAGAAUAUUAUCUUUAAUCGCCACUGCAACUCUUCCCUAGUGAUUGGAAUUUUAUUUUGACCCCUCGCCCAAGUUUUUGUUUUGAACCAAAAUUUAUUAAUUUUUAUUUCAAGUCUCAGAAACCUUGAUGUCAUUUGAAAGAUACUAUACUGAUAAUGGUCCCCAAAGUUUAAGGAGUUAAUGGUCUUUCCUAUUUCUAUCUUAAAUGCACUGCUUUUGCCAUCUGAAGUUAUACAGUGAAAUAAGUAAAUAGGAUGUUGUGCAUCCACACAUGGGAAUGUCUGUGUACAUGCUAAUAUAUGUAUAUAAGUCAGUGUCCCCUUCAAAUUAUUAAAAACAUUUGAUAAAUAUGAAAGAAUUCCAUCCAUAGGUAUAUUCUUUAGAUGACCAGAUCUCUUAAUCUGUAUUGACACUUCAGAAUUGCAGUUUAUUGUAACGCUUUUUCUUACUUAUUCAUAAUUUAAUGAAUUUGUGUUAAGUCUACUGUAAAAGAGAAACUAAGUGAUAUAGAAAAAACAUUUUACCUGUUAGAAAUAAUUAUUAAAAUGAUAAUACACAUUCACUUAAAAAGAUGUUCUCUUAAUUCAGGCAUAGUAAUGUACACCUGGAGUCUCAGCAUCAGGAGGUUGAGUCCAGGAGUUUGAGGCUAACCUGGGCAAUAUAGUGAGACCCUUUCUCUUCAAACCGAAAAUGGAAACAAAAAGUUCUUCUCUUGUUUCAGUAUGAAUUUAAUUUGUUUGAUAAUACCCAUUCAUUUUGAAACGCGGAUCUCAUGAAUGGCCACAUAAUCAUUUGUAAUGUGGCUUUAUUUCUCAGGAAAGGUCCUAAACUGCUUGUUACAUUAUGGUUUUAAUGUGUUUUAAAUGAUAAUUUAGUGUGGGAGAGAUUAAUAUUUUUUGAUUUGUGUUAUUGUAAUUGGUGAAUAAAUAUCUUCUGUUAUAUAAUAGUUUGCUAAUCUGAAGCCAGUAUUUCAGUUAAUCUUUGAUGCCAAAGUAAUUUUUGCAGGAUCUUGCUUUUUAAAUUGAAAGUAACACUGCUACGUUUUGUGGUUUGUUUUGUUGAUAUUUCUUGCUCUCAAGAUGUAGUUAUCAGUGCUAUUCUCGAGGGGGGAAGAGUACAUCCUUUGAAUAAAUCAGUUACAUUACUGCAGAUGUGAUUAAAUUUAGAUAAAAAUUUUGCAUCACUAUUAAUUUCACUACAUUUGCAGCAAUGCUGAUGGAGACGAUGGAACUCACACAGACAAGCAGAGUGUAAUAAUCAUUAUUAGAAUUCUUCUUCAAGUGUACAUAGCAGUGUUCAAAGAAAGUUAUUUUGUGAUAUAGGGAACAUUUACUCCAAGAAAGUAGGAAUAUUUUCAGGGUAGGUAUAAUAUUCCCACUAAGAUUUUGAAACUAUUUUCUUUUCAUAUGUUUGCAGGUGGUCCUUUGGCAUUUGUAGUCAUUAACCUAUCGUUUGGCUAACAAAGCUAAAAUUAUCUGAAAAAGACAAUUAGAGUAGAGUCAGUAACUAAGUCUUAAAGACAUUUUUUUAAAAAUUACAUCAUCCUUAGGUGGUUCUAUAGAGGGAAAUAAUAGACAGAUGAAGAUAAAAGACAAGCUUCCUGGGAUGAUUCAGUCAUGGGAAAUGCCAAGAAAAGGGCAGUUAAUUAUAAUGCACUAAUUUUACAUCACAAUAUUACAUAAUUACGCAAAAAGGAUAAUGUGUAUAAAUUAAAAAAGAACUCAGCGUUGCAGCAGUGUUUUUAAUGUAUUGGGAAGAGUAAGCUAUACUUUUCAAAUUUGAGUUUGAAAAUAGAGCAAGAUAAUGGGGGUUCAUUUCUUAACAUCUCUUUUUUUAAGGAUUAAAAAAUUUAUUCUCUUAAAGAAAUCCCACUUUACAAAAAUUAGCUUGAAGCCAAGGUAAUUUAGGAUCAUAAAACUGGGCCAGAUGCCUUACUGAUCGUCCUUAACAUAGAACUGUCUUGUUGUGCAGAUGGGCUCAUUUGGAAAUUUUUAACAGCUCAAGCCAGGGUCACUUGUGAGAAUCAGGGAGACCUUCACAUCUGAAUAUGAACAGUCUCAAGAUAUGAAUACCUCUGCAGGGAUUUGCACCUCUCAUAUACCUUACAAUGAAUAUUCUGACUUUCUCUUCCCUGUUGACAGAUCUCAGUUUUUGAAGAUGGCUGUUUUUUAAAACUUGUUUUACUCUGAAGGCCAGGUAUUUAAAAGUUGUAUAAUUCCUUGUUUCUAGAUCGCUUUUCCAUACUGCCAUCUUGUUCCUAUCCUUCCUACUUGCUGAAUAUAUCACCAAGUAGCAGCCUUUUCUGUAUAUAUUUCUAAUUCCCUCAUCUCAUAACUUGAUUACAAGAUAUUCUGUUGUGAAUUAGCAGUUAAAAGUGUUUAAAUAUGUUUGUAAUUACAGUUUGUUUUUAAUUAUAGAAAAAUUCUUUCUUUUCCCUUCUCUGAGUAUAUUGAUUUGGAAUGUAAACUGUAUGCUAAAUUACAACAUUGAGUGAGACAUUCUGGAUAAAGCUGAUUGAGACAAAACAUCUCAGCCAAGGAUUUACCACAAUUCUCUUGCUUAUAGCAACCUGUGCAGAUAAUCAUUACUGAAUAAAUACACUGUCUUUGUGCCUAGAAA